AUGUGGAAACCAGUAGUUGUCCCCUUUCAGAACUCCCACCCUCUGCCUACUCUACCCACAACACAUGACAUCCGCGCUUGCACAAAUGUUCUGUGGGAGACCGUGGCCUCCAAGAUUGUGGCGGUGAACGACAAUAUUGUUGUAAAAUAUGGAGGUUGUAUAAACGUCUGGAAAGGCCAAGCUUUGGUUUAUCUUGAACAACACAUCCCAGAAGUUCCAGCCCCUCGACUAUACGCGAUGUAUUAUAAUUCUAAACAACUUUUCUUGAUCAUGCAACGUGUUCCCGGAGUGCAGCUGAAUUCCAUCUGGCCAUCAUUGGCGCCCUCUGAGAAGAAUGACUUUAUCGCAGAACUCCAACUAAUAUUCGACAAAAUCCAACAUGGCGAUGAGAAAUUUCUGGGGCCUUUCUCUGGCGAACCUGCCUUCAUUGCGGGCCUUGUCGGAAAUUAUAGAGCCUUGGUUGAACGCAAUAAUCUGCCAGACUACAAGGCUCGCUUUUACGAAAACUACCUCGCACGCGUCCUUCAAGGUCACCGACCCACAUUGACGCAUGGGGACGUUCAGCAGAAGAACAUUAUAGUCGCGGAAAAUACAAGUCGCCCAAACGAUCAAGGUGGGCGAUCAUUUGACAUCGUCCUGGUCGAUUGGGAGAAUUCCGUUUCCAGUGGGACGAAGACUGGUCCUGGCGAGUCCAGGAGUUUUGUUCAAGUCUGGCCCGCCGAGAUGGCCAUAAUGCAACUGAUUGACAAGGAUCUAGGCUGGUGA